AUGACCUAUAUUAUGUCUUUAUUUUUAUUAGGGUUAGUGUUGGGGUUAAUUGCAGUUGCUUCUAAUCCUUCUCCCUACUUUGCGGCUUUAGGGCUGGUAGUGGUGGCAGGUAUGGGAUGUGGGGUAUUAGUUAGUUAUGGUGGGCCUUUUCUUUCUUUAGUUUUAUUUUUAAUUUAUUUGGGGGGAAUGUUGGUCGUAUUUGCGUAUUCGGCUGCUCUUGCUGCGGAACCUUACCCUGAAACAUGGGGAAGUCGUCCGGUUGCGGUGUAUAUGGCUGUUUAUGUAGUAGGGGUGCUGGUUAUCUCGAGUAACUUUUGAGGGGGGUGGUACGAGGUGUCAUGGGUGCCUGGGGACGAGCUUAGUGAAUUUUCUGUAUUUCGAGGAGAUAUUGGAGGGGUAGCAUUAAUGUACUCAAUGGGAGGGGGAAUACUAGUAAUUAGUGCAUGAGUAUUAUUAUUGACUCUUUUUGUUGUUCUUGAAUUAACGCGAGGACUUAGUCGAGGGACGCUUCGAGCUGUCUAA